CCGCUCGGUGUUAACUUCCUCUCUGGGAGCAGCGAGCCGAGCGGUCGGGCGUGGAAAGGAGCGCUCUGUCGCUGGUGCAGUAGCCAGUCGCGGCCGAGCGCGCGCUCUCCACCCUUUGCCCAUCGGCUUCGCCUCGGUUGCGCGGGUAUUCCCUAGCGCUUGAACCCCCUGGAAGUUGGUGCUGCAGCAAAAUCCGGCAAGAUGGAGGAAGCCUGUGAUGAUAUAGAUCAAAUGUUCAGUGACUUAUUGGGAGAAAUGGACUUGCUAACACAGAGCUUAGAAGUGGAAGCCAUGCCUAUUUCUCAUCAAAAAUCAACUGAUGCUGAAUUUAAUUUUGCAGUUGGCUUCAAAGAUUUAAAUGAGUCCUUGACUACAUUGGAAGAUACUGAUUUAGAUACUUUAAUGGCUGAUCUUGUAGCAGACAUCAGUGAAGUAGAAAAGACCACAUUAAAAGAACCGAAGAAUUCCUCUUACAAUGAGCAAGAUGCCAUAAUGCAGCCACCUGCAAAGGCUGAUCCUAUUUGUGGAACUCAAUCAGUGCUAAAUAAUAUUCCUUCACCUUAUGAGGACACAUUACCAGCCCCUCCUGCAGAAAUGCUAAUGCCACUGCCACCACCCCCAGCCAUUCCUCUGAAGCCACUUACUCAGGAAGCACAAGAACAAGCAAAAACUGACAAGAUUAAACUAGCAUUAGAAAAGCUAAAGGAAGCCAAGGUUAAAAAGCUUGUUGUCAAGGUGCACAUGAAUGAUAACAGCACAAAGACUCUAAUGGUGGAUGAACGACAAGUGGCACGUGAUGUCUUAGACAACCUAUUUGAAAAAACCCACUGUGAUUGCAAUAUAAACUGGUGCCUUUAUGAAAUAUAUCCUGAGCUACAAAUAGAAAGAUUUUUUGAAGAUCAUGAAAAUGUGGUUGAAGUCCUAUCCCAUUGGACUCGAGACAGUGAAAAUAAAAUACUGUUCUUGGAGAAAAAUGAAAAAUACGCUAUAUUUAAAAACCCUCAGAAUUUCUACCUGUCAAACAAAGGAAAAAAUGAAGCCAAGGAAAUGAAUGAGAAAAGCAAAGAAGCAUUAUUGGAGGAAAGCUUCUGUGGUACGUCUGUUAUUGUGCCAGAGGUUGAAGGUGCCCUUUAUUUAAAGGAAGAUGGAAAGAAGUCCUGGAAGAGGCGCUAUUUUCUUCUACGAGCUUCAGGCAUUUAUUAUGUCCCCAAAGGGAAAACCAAGACAUCCCGAGACUUGGCUUGUUUCAUACAGUUUGAGAACGUAAAUGUUUAUUAUGGUAUUCAAUACAAAAUGAAGUAUAAGUCUCCUACUGAUUAUUGUUUUGUCCUAAAGCAUCCUCAAAUACAGAAGGAGUCACAGUACAUCAAAUACCUGUGCUGUGAUGACAAGCAGGCUCUACAUCAUUGGGUAACUGGUAUCAGAAUUGCAAAGUAUGGAAAGGCCUUGUAUGAUAACUACAUUGGUGCAGUACAAAAGUCUGAGUUAGCUUCACGUCUGGCAAAGCCAGGAAAUACUAAAUCCAUAGCUUCUGGGGAAUCAUCUUCAAAAGGUAGCUCUCAUGCCAAUGGACAAAUCCCCCAAAACAUAAACCUUAAUACAGAAAACACUGCAGAAACUGGAAAAUCUGCUGUGAUGCCAAAGAUACAAAUUAAUGUUAAAAGGCCAGAUGAUACUUUCAAUAUUGGUCAAGCAUCAUCCCUACCUGUACAACAGGUGAAACAGAUCCGCAAACCUAGUGGUUUGCACCCUCCUCCUCCUCCUCAAAGACGGUCUUCUGCUAUUACUGCUUCAUUGGAUUUAUCCGCCAUUGCUGAGAGAGAAAAUCCAAGUUUCUUACCAAAUUAUGAAGAAUUUCCACCACCUCCUGAAUUUAUACCACUUCCUCCCAAUUUGGAAGAUCUGCCACCGCCACCACCACCGCCACCAUCUCCACCACUACCUGACUACUAUGAAUCUCCUCCUGAUUUCACUCCUCCACCACCACCCUCCUUCCCUGCCCCUAGUCCUCCUCCUGCAACCAAAAAGAAACCCCCACCUCCUCCUAGAAGACAAGAAGAAGGUGCUUGUCCAGUCGUAAGACCAAAACAAAGCGGAUCAAUUUCAAGGGGACAUGCUUCUGAACAAGGAGAUUUCAUGUCUGAUCUCAUGAGAGCAUUGCAAAAGAAAAGGAGUGAGUCCUCAUGAACUAAGUAGUUUCAAACAUCAGGUGAUCUAAAAGAGUAUAUGCUAGAAAAAAGUAUGGUAGACAUAGACCAAAGAUUUGGUCCCAUUCUUUUUGCUUGAAGACUAAAAUAUUCAAUCAAGCAUAGAAGUCCUGGAGGAAAACAGGUUCCAGAAAAAUUGUUUGAUUUGAUCCAGAAGUUUUUUUUUUAAGAAUCAGGUUUAGUUUAAAGGCUGAUUACUUUAAUAGAAAUCUUUUUUUUUCCAGAGUUCCCUCCAUACCAUUUGUAGGUAAGAAUAGCCUAGAUAAGGCCUUGGCAAUUUGGCCCAUCUAAGCAUAGGCUAAAACACUUUGCAGAAAUAAGGGUGUUAACACUGAAUAACAAAUUCACUUCACAGCUUGUAAAUUCCCUCUUUCAUUAUGGGAUCAAAAUCUGCCCCAUAUCUGCCCCAUCUACUUUUUUGUUUCCCAUUGUGGGUUUUGAGAAAAUGCAACUCACAACUUUAUUAUGAAUAUUAUACAAUAUAUUAAAGCUGUUUCCUCUGUUUCUUUCAAAGACAAAGUGAAUUUUGUUUUCAGUGAUACUAUCUGCAGGCAAUCUCUGCAGUGUUAUUUAUUUGGUUUAAUGCAGGAUAAUUCCUUUGGAGAUAGCUUUAAUUUUUCCAUUCCCAACUACAAAUGUAGUGGUUGUACUAGGUGAUAUCUAAAAAUGUUUAUCUCAAAGAAAGUAAUUUAUUUCUUCUUAUAUACAUAUAUUUUAUCAUGUAUAUUUCAUUUUUAUUCUCCUUUACUGGAAUCUUCUUAAAUAAAACUUAUUUCUUCAA